GCGGCCGAGGGAGCGGCGGGACGGAGCGCCCGGGACAUGCAUCACUUUGAGGAAGAAUUAACGUGUUCCAUUUGCUACAGCAUAUUUGAAGAUCCACGCGUUCUGCCCUGUUCUCAUACGUUUUGUAGGAAUUGUCUGGAAGGUGUUAUUCAGCUGUCAAGCAACUUUUCCAUUUGGAGACCCCUGAGAGUUCCUCUGAAGUGUCCUAACUGUAGGAGUAUUGUUGAAAUUCCUGCUGCUGGUACCGAAUCGUUGCCUAUCAACUUUGCGUUGAAAGCUAUUAUUGAAAAAUACCAACGGGAGGAUCACUCGGACGUUGCAACCUGCAGCGAACACUAUGGGCAACCGCUGAACGUUUACUGUCUUCUGGAUAGAAAAUUGGUGUGUGGCCACUGCCUCACGAUAGGGAAACACAACGGUCAUCCCAUAGAUGACCUUCAGAGUGCCUACAUAAAAGAAAAGGAGACUUCCGGAAAACUUCUCGAGCAGCUGACUGAUAAGCACUGGACUGAUGUAUGUUUGCUUAUUGAAAAGCUGAAAGAACAGAGAUCCCAGUGUGAAAGCAUUGUUCAGGACGAUAGGAAAGUAGUAGUACAGUAUUUUAAGAAACUUAGCGAUACCUUGGAGCAGAAAAAACAAGCUCUGCUGACUGCGCUGGAUGAAAUCAACACACGCGUUUCGGAAGAAUAUGAGCCUGUCAUUGAGAAGUUGAAAAAAAUACGGGAAGAACAGCUGGAGUUAAUGUCACUGAAUACAUCUAUUCAAAAAGAAGAGUCCCCACUUAUUUUUCUUGAGAAGGUGGAUGAUAUGCAUCGACGUAUAAGAGCUUUGAAACAGAAGCAACUACCGGAUGUUAAACCUGUGGAGAUUUAUCCGAGGAUUGGGCACCUGUUGAAGGACGUGUGGUCUACAACUGAGAUCGGUCAGAUCAACAGGAUCCUCACUCCAAAAAUAAAACUGAUUCCGAAAAGGAAGUUACGCAGCAAAGGCAGUGGAAAGGAAGGAAGAGAAUCUAAAGAACUUGUCCAGGCUGUAAAUCCGUUCGCAGUCCUGCUGCUUUUUACAGUCACAGUGGUAACUGUGUUUUCAUUUCACAAACCGGUAUCAGCAGUUGUAAUCCAAGCUACUCCCGCUUAUAUCUCAGAAUUCUUGCUGCUGACUUAUCAAGAUUUCUGCACCCAUCUGCAGAAUAUGGUAGAUGUGCUGUGCCAUACAUUUAAUUUACUGAGGGAGUUUUGGGGGAGAACUGUUUCUCUUUGACUAUUCCGAUGAUUAGAUGAAAAGUUAGUGUAGGAAUCCACAGGGUUGGUGUUUUUUUUUAGUUUCUACUUAAAAACUGGGCUGUUAAAGCUCUACGCUUUUCCUUUCUAUUUCCAUACUCUUCCUUUUUCUGUAUCGUACCGAUUUCCUCUUAGCUACCUUCUCUUAGUUAACUGAGAAGAUUUGCAAGCGAAGAUUCUGCUCUCACAAUGGGGUAGGUAGGUGGUUUUUUUUAAACUGGAAGCUACUCAGAAACGACGUCUGCCUAAGAAAGCUGUAAGCAGCUUACAAAUCGUAAUCUGGAGUGAGUCCUCUUUGUAAAAGCUCCUUAAACAUCUACUACCUUUUUUUUUUUUUUUUAGACCCGUGUAUAACUUUGUCUCAUCCCAGUGGUUCUCUCCACUUUACAGAGCGGUACCUGUAGGACUUCUGGGGAGAUACAGCAUUAGGGUGUUUUUAGUGCCCGCUGCACACAAACCAGGUGUGUGUUUAGUCUGGCAGGGAGCUCUCACUGCUUCCUAAAAUGAGCCCCGACUUCUUGCGAAAUCCUUGAAUAGGAAGUGAAAAUAGAUACGUACUGUAGGAAGUAGCAAACCCCCCCUGAAGUCGGUGGUAUAAGGAUUUCAGAUGUUGUUGAGAGCCCUUCAAACAACUUGACAAUGAAUGUGAAGUUAUAUUCAACUUUUCAGUAAAAUAACAGAUAUCUUUACCUUGACACAGAGGAAACACGACAGCAUUUUAUUCUGCCGUCAAACGAUCACCAGCACUGUUCACUGCUUCCGACGAGAUGCUCUGCUCUAAGCGGCGCUCAGGAGCGAAACCCCCAGUGAAAGCCAUUUUUGACCUUCAGGUACUAACGAACAGGCUGAUUACGGUAGUGCUGGGGCGGCCUUGAAGUGUUGCAGUUACAACAGCAGAACACAGGUGCACUUGCAAUCCACUACAAACCCAAAACCGAGCAUUCGCUGUCUAAUUGUACUUGACUUUGAUAAAAAUAACAGUAUAUUCUAGCAUGGCAGCAUUCCUUGGCUGUUGUAUACUUUAAAAUAAUAGAUGUUGUUUAAACAGCGAUUGAAUUCUGAGGCUGGCCUUUAACUACUUGGUAUUUUAAAUCCUUCUGCAAACCGAAACGUGCCCGUUGCUGCCCGCAGGCACAUGUGGGGUCCUGCAAAAUACCAGCUGCUGCCGGGCUUCAGUGAGAGCUGAGAGCAUGGUCGGUCAUCAGAUGCGACGCCGAUACAUUUCCUAAGCCUACACAAAGAUUCUAAUAACAACGUUGAUAUCCUAAUAGCGCUGUGUUGAUAAAACACCCAGUCUAGCCCAACAGCUACUGUGCAGCACUGCUCCACAGCUCCGUGGGGCUGAUUGUCUCGCUUUGACUGAGGUGAGAGCCCGCAGCACUUCAGGGGAGUGGUUUCUAGGCUUUGUAUGUGCGUGUUCUGUAAUCUUUUAGAGUCACAAAGGCAAAGCCCGUGGAUCCCACCAGUCAGGUUUUGAGAUGGUGUUUAGGUCUAUCCUGGGAUGGGAUAAAUGCUGUUGUAUUAAUUUCCCAAUAAAAUUGGGAAUUUUUGUCUUAAGCCUGGCUAGAAGGCUGGCAUGUGGCAUGUGAGUCUCUCAAAACCUCUGCCCUGUGAGGCUUCUUUUUUUUGACUUACCUUCCUUUUAUUUUCCUGACUUUUAAAAACUUACAGAGAGUUUAUAAUGCAAUUUUAUUUUUCAACACUACAGGAAUUUAUAAAAUGCCUUUACCGCUGAUCGAAACAUUUAGUACUUGUACUUCUCAUGCAGUAUAUAUUUUAAUAAAUUUGCAUACAAAUAAA